AUGGAGACACAGUUCAGUUCUUAUAUUACAAAAAAAAAAUGCAGAUACAAGGAAUCUAGUAACCUAUACAAUUCUUUUUCGUCUUCUUUCUUUUAUCUUCUUCUUCUUUCUUUGUUUCUUUCUUUCCUCUUUCUUUUGUUCUUUCCUUCCUCUUCUUCUUUCUUUCUUUCAUCUUCUUUCUUCUUCUUUCUUUCUUCUUUUUUUCAUUCUUUCUUUUUUCUUUCUUUCUUUCUUUCUUUCUUUCUUUCUUUCUUUCUUUCUUCUUUCUAUCAUUCUUUCCUUCUUUCUUUCUUCUUCUCUUUUUCUUUCUUUCUUUUUCUUUCUUUCUAUCAUUCUUUCCUUCUUUCUUUCUUUUUUCUUCUUCUCUUUUUCAUUCUUUUUUUCUUUCUUUCUUUCUAUCAUUCUUUCUUUCUUUCUUUCUAUCAUUCAUUCAUUCUUUCUUUCUUUCUUUCUUCUUCUCUUUUUCUUUCUUUCUUUCUUUCUUUCUUUCUUUCUUUACUUUUCUCUAAUACAUAUUUUUCUUUCGUUCUCUUUCUCAUCAUUUAUUUCUUUUUCAGCCCCGUUUUUCUUGUUAAUAUUCUGAUGCUGAUUCUUUUCUCUCUCUCUUUCUCCUCCAGCUCAACUGUUAAUUUUCUUCUUCUUCUUCUUCUUCUUCUUCUUCUUCUUCUUCCCCUUCUAUUCCUCCUCCUCUUCUUCUCCUUCUUCCUCUUCCUCCUUCUCGCCUUCUCAUCCUCCUCCUCCCCUUCUACUCUUCCUCUUCUUCUUCUUCCUCCUCCCCUUCUACUCUUCCUCUUCCUCUUCCGUUUUCUUCUUCUUCUUCUUCUUGCUUCUCUUUCUUCUCAUUCUAACUUUUUCACUCCCUUUUCUUUUUUUCUGGACGUACCUUUUUAUUCUAAUGAUUAUAACCCCCCCCCCACUCUAUUUUUAAUAUUCAUCAAUUUUCUCUUUUUUUUCUCACUGGUUUCCUCCUUAUUAAUUUCUCUCUUUGUUCUUUGUUUUCUCAUCUUUUUUCUUUUUCUCCUCCUCAUCCUUCCCCUCUUUUUUUUUGUUAUUCUUUCUAUUUUUCUUCUUAUUAUCCUUCCCCUUUUCUUGAUUUGCUUCAUCUGUCUCUUUUCUCCUUCACGUCAUUUUCCUCCCUCUUUUUCUUUCUCAUUUUCUUUUUCUUCUCCUUCCUCCUUACUUAUCUUUUUUCCUUCUGUCUCUCUUCUCCUACUCAUCCUUUCCCUCUCUCUUUUUCCUUAUGCUAUUAUUUCUCUUUUUCUUCUUCUUCUUAUCCUUCUCCUGUCUUAUUUCCUUUCUUCUGUCUCUUUUCUCCUUAUCAUCCUUUCCCCUCUCUCUUUUUCUUAUUGUAUUUCUUUGUUUCUUUUCUUCUUUCUUUACUGUAUUUUCUUAGGCCUUUUCCUCUUUCUUUUUCGUAUUUUAAUUUCUUCUUUCUUCAUUUUCUUUUCUUUCCUGAUUAAUCUUUUUCUUCUUAAACAUCUACUUCUAUCCUUUUUUUCCUUUCCUUUGCAAUUUUUACGGAAAAAAAGGGAUUCAUUUUCAGUAUGUCUAUCUAUCUAUCUAUCUAUCUAUCAGUACAUAUCAACCUAUGUAUUGACGUAUCUAUCUAUCUAUCUAUCUAUCUAG